AAAAAUAAAAUAAUAAUUAAUAUGAUCUUCAAAAUUUUGUGUCAUUCCAACUGGUUUUUCAACAUACCAUCUUUCUUUCUUCACAUCUCUCCUCUCUCUCUAAAAACCCUAAUUUCAACUCCUUUCUUUCAUGCCUUGUAAAAUGACAAGAUCAGUUUGAAAGUGUGUAGAUGUAAAAAAAGAAAAAGAUGGAAGCUAAUGUAUGUGAUAUCAAUCACUUGGAUGCUGAUGUGCUUUUGCCUCCGCGAAAACGGCUUCUUGCUGGAUUGAAGAAGCAGAAUUCUGAUGUUUACUCAUCUACCCCAUCCCCGCCAACUGUUAGUAGUCCUGGAUGCGAGUUUGAUAUCCGUCUUAAUAAUCUAUUGAAAUCUCAUUUUGGUGACUCUAAUCGAUCGAAUGAGGAGAUCGCGGAGGCCUCAAGAUUGGCGGCUGUAGAAGCUGCGAAGGCUGCAAAAGCUGCAAGAGCCAUUGCAGAAGAGAAAGCUGCGAAAGCAGCAAAGGCUGUGGCUGCUGCUAAGAGUGCUCUAGCAUUGGUUGCUACUUUCUCUGAUGAAGGAGCGACAAGUAAGGACAAACAUAUGAAGAGGAAUAAGAUGAAAAAGCAUGUUCCUGUUCAGAUGCUGUACAAUAAUAAGAAAAAGGGGACUGAUAAUUGUAGAACAGAUGAAGAGUUAGCUCGGACGUUGCAUAGGGCCAUAAAUAGCUCUCCGAGAAUUUUGAAGAACUCAACCCCUGACUCAAGAAAUCAAAAACACAAGAGGCUGAAGAGGUCUUCUCCUGAAAAAACUAAAAGUACAUCCCUGGAAGGAAACCACCCUUCCACGAGCAAUGGGAAUGGUUUUGCUAGAGAAAGAGAGUGUGAUGGGCCUAUCUCAGAGAAAGACCUUGUUAGAGUAGAUUUAAACACAACAAAUAAAGCUGACCACACAAAGAUGAAAAAUGGGGAAGCCUCACAAUCUAGUAAAGCUGACUAUGUAAAUACAGAAAACAAGGAAAGAGAAUCAAUUAUAUCAAAGGAGAAAUUUGGGGAUUCUGUAAAUGAUAAUUGCAGCAUUGGGAGAAAGAAGGGAAGGCUUAAGCAGAAAAAAUUACCCCUCAGCAUUUGCAGCUUCAGGGAUCAAGCAAGCCCUAAAGAGGAUUUGAAAUCUAAGAGUUCAUUGUCAUUCGAUGAGAACAUCAGCAAAGGUACUACCAGUAAUAAUCCCGUGUUUCCUCUUGAGAGGGCAUCAAUGUGGAAGUGUCAAGCAUUCAAGGCACCUGCAUGUGUUGAACAAAAUAAGGUGAUGCAGUCAUAGUCUUGGUAUUUUUCGUUUCAAGAAGUGCGGCUACCGUGAUGGGACUUGUAGUCUGAGGUAGUGUCAUGUAUGUUUUUUUCCUUCUUUUUUGAGUUAAGGCCUAAUUCCAUCCAGUUUCUUUUUUGCUUGUUAUGGGCAUUGUAAUGUUUUGAACACACCAUUGUGUAUAUUUUGAUAUUUAAUUGCUUACAUA